AUGACUGAUGUUUUCUACUCAUUUGAUGAUACAGAUGCGCUAUUAGCAUCUUUAUCCAGUUCAUCCGCCAAUACUUUAUCACCAUCAGAUAAUAGUGAAUUCAGCGGCAGUGCAAAAUCUUCAUCAUAUGGAUUGUCACCAGAGGAGGUGAUAUACAGUGAUAAUUGGAACAAUAAUUUCAAUGGUGCUGAUGCUGACACUUUAAAUGAUGAUUUUUUCGGAAAGGAUUUGAUUAAUUUUGAUGCAAAUGAACUAUCUAAUAACGAUCAACAAGUUGACAAUAACAAUACUACAAAGGUUAAACUAGAAAAUAAUUAUGCAAGCACCUUCGUAUCACCAGAAUCAAUGGCUGAAGGUGAUUUCAAUACAGUCAAUAAUAAACUUCAGCCCCAAGUUUUGAAAAGAGAGGAAUCCUUGGAUAGUGAUUCUUUGUCAGAAAACGAAUCUCCAGAUUUCACAUCAUCUUCAACUAUAAAGAAGACAAGCUCUACGGCGAACAAAGUUACAAAACCAAAGAAAACAAAGGCUACUCAUAAUGUGAUUGAAAAGAAGUACAGAACAAACAUUAAUACAAAGAUCACGGCUUUAAGAGAUUCGGUGCCUGCCUUGAGAAUGGCCGCAGGUGAUGCUAACACAACCAUUAAUGAUUUAGAUGGGUUGUCUCCAGCUGCUAAAGUUAACAAGGCUAUCGUUUUAACUAAAGCUACAGAGUAUAUCAAACAUUUAGAAAGAAAAAAUUCUUUAUUGAUGAGAGAAAAUCAACAAAUGAAACAUUAUUUGGGAAGUUUACCUGCUCAAUCUCAACAACAGCACCAUAUUCCACAACAACAGUUCCAUCCACAACCUUAUAACAUGCCCCCAAACCCACAAUAUCAAACUUCUCCUUUACAAAAUAAUGCACAGCCGUCUCCUGAUUCAUUUCAACCGGCUAAUUAUAAUGGUCAACAAGUUCCUAUAGCAAAUGUACAACAGCCGUAUCAGAUGGGUCUUCCAGGAAAAGUGCUUAUGGGUGGUAUGGCUACAAUGGUUGGUCAGAAUUUGUUCAAUGGUGGUGGUGAUUAUGGUGAUUUCAGAGGAUUAUCAGCUUUCCCAAUAAUGGGCAAUCCAUUAUUUAUCAAGUUUUUCCAUAUGAUCCAAUUCUUGUUUGUUUCAUUAUCUGUUGUUUAUUUGAUUUCUCCAGCUUUAUUCCAAAAAUCACAAGCUCCAAAGGAUAAGAAAACUAAAAUUGCAACUGUUGAAUGGUAUGAGUUGGCGAAAGAAUUAGUUUUCAUUCAAAUUGGCUCAAAAUUGAAACGUGAAGCUACACAAGGGGAAGUUGAUUUGUUGAUUAACCAAGCUUUAUUAUCAUCAGAAAAGCAUUCGUUCUUCAGCCUGACACAUUUGUUAUUGAGAUUAUUUACUUAUCAACCUUCAUUUGAAGUUUCAUUUGGGAAGUUAGUUGUUGCUAAAUUAUUAUUAUCUUAUACUGAUAUUGCAACAUUUAUUAAUUUGAAUGGUAUCAUAUCAACAAGUUUAUCAGAAAUUGCCAAUCAAAAAGUUUCAGAUUCGAAUUGCAGAUACUUCUUCAAAGAAUUCAAAACUAUUUCAGCUCAAAACUCGGAAGCUUUCAAAAGACUAUUAAACAUCGUGAUUGGCUUACCAAUUGGUACUAAUUGUGAAAGGGGUGUUGAAGAUAAAGGUUACUUUUUGAUUUUGAGAGAUGAAAGAGUUUUAUUUGACUACAAAACUUUAUUGAUCAGUUUAAGAGCCAAUGAAAUCUUCCGUGAAGUUUUAUUAGAAUAUAUCAAUUUAACUUUCAAUAGUGAAGAAAUUGCUAAAUUGGACAAUGAAGAAUUAAGAGAAGGGAAGAAAGAAUUGUGGAAUAAGUUGAAUUUAGCUGAAAAUUUAGCACCAAAGAGAUCAAUCGUUGAUAUCAGAAUCAAAUUAUUCAAAUCAAUUUUGAAUGAGAAAUAUGUUGAUAGUGUUUUACAAUUGGUUAAUGAAGAAUCAAAAGCAGUGAUAGCUACAAAGAAAUUGAAUGGUGAAGUUGUGGAAGAAAAAUUAUCAUCUGAAGAAGAAACUUCAAAACCUCCAUCUCCUAUCUUAAAAGAUGAAAAUGAAGAUGAAGUUUAUGACUCUGAUGAAUCUUUUGGUGAUUCUGAAACAGAAGAAGAAGAUGAAGUUGAAAUUGCACAACCGGCUCCAAACCCUGAAGUUGUUGAAUCAACUCCUUCAUCAAGUAUAAAUCCAAAAUUUCAAAACUUAUUAUCACAAGAUCUAUUCAAUGCAUUGGUUUCAUCUUCCAUAUUAAAAUUUGCACAUGCUGAUCAACAUGAACAAGUUUCAAAAUUAUUGAAAUAUAUUAAAUUCUCCAAAGAUGAGUUGACUUUGUUAUCUUUUAUUUCCUUAUAUAAAUUGGUUCAAAAAUUCCCAAAAAAUUGGUUAGAAGGUAAAGAAGGUGAAGUUAUUGAAAACUUAGUUGGCCAUUUGAGAGUUUGGGUUGGAGAUUCUUCAAAUGUUAAUUUCAAUGAUUUGAAAGAAGUUGGGUUGCAUUUAAAAAGAGAAAUCAGUGAUAACUUGGUUGAAGUUGGUAAAUCAUUUAGUGAAUUGGACUAGGGGGUUUUUGUUUUAUUAUAUCUUUUUUUAUAUGUUUUUUUUUGAUUUUCUAUUAUCGACAAACAGGAAUGUCGGGUUUUAUUAAGUGUGUUCAUUCAUACAUUUUUGAUUUGUUUUAUUAUAUUCAGGUUUUAGAUUUUUUAUUUUAUUAUGGCGUUUUAAGUAACUGUUUAGUUGUCAAUUUAUAUUUUGAAG